AUGAGAGACGUUCUACGAGGAGUAACAUCCCUUUACAAUCCGCUUGGAUUUUAUUCGCCGCUAACUACAAGUGGGAAGAUCUUUCUACAAGAUUUGCAUAAAGAAAAAAUGAAAUUAGAUGAAGUUAUGUCUACGGUUAAUCUCGAACGUUGGAAGGAGAUCGUCAGUGCCAUAACAAAGGCGGUGCAGCAUCAACUCAUGUCUCAGCCAAGACAUUAUUUCCCUUCAUCGUCAUCUGAUAGAGAACUUCACGUUUUCUGCGAUGCGAGCCGCCGUGCUUAUGGCGCCGUUGCCUACCUUCAGCACAAAGGUAAAGGGGCAUUUGUAAUUGCGAAAUCAAGAGUUGCCCCCCUGAAAAACGAAAAGAAGGAAGGCGAACGGGAGAUAUCUAUUCCAGAAGCUGAAUUGAUGGCUGCGUUUAUCGGAACUCUCAUUGCCGAAACGGUCCUCGCAGCGCUGGAAUUGCAGGAGUUCAAGACGCAGGGGUACCUCUGGAGCGAUAGCCAAAUCGUCCACUUUUUUAUCUCUAAAUCCGAAGGCCAUCCUCGUCAAUUCAUCAUUAAUCGGGUGAAAAACAUCCGAGACUUCAAUCGACGAAGAGCCGCUACGUAG